CUGCCUUGACUUCUUGCACUGCCAUGUCUUCCUGACAUCUUCGAGCAUUAUUAGCGAGUCCUAAAAUCUAAUCAGCACCUCUUCCCCGCGCUCGUCCCGGAACAUAAACACAAAUCUCGCCAUGGGGCGAGAAACCGGCCACCGACGGCGCCCUUACCCGACAAUGUUUGCCCGCAAACCCGCCAACCUCCUCGCGCUGAUCCUACUCUUCGUCAUUGGCGCCUCCAUUUUUAAAGUCGAGCUGGGAAACGGUCCCUUCGACCCGAGAUCGCUCUAUCGCCUGGAUCGUCAUCACAAAGAGCCUGGAUACUGGGAUUGGGAGACUACGACACGCUUCUCGCGCACACAGAAUUACAAAGUCGACGACGACCAUAUCUGCGAUUCGUUCCCGACCUAUCUGCUCCCGCGCAUUCAGAUCGUCCUGAAGAUUGGCGCUUCGGAGCCGCAGGACCGCGUUAACGCUCAUUUGUCGACCGUCACGCGGUGUAUUUCCAACCUAAUUGUGGUUUCCGACCGGGAGUCCGAGCUGCAAGGCCACCAUGUGCACGACGUGUUGGCCACGUUACCCGAGUCCUUCCGAGCGAACGUGUCCGACUUUGAGGCGUACGAUACACUGCAGAAUGGCAGACUGAAGUCGGUGGCUGGUCCCCAGGGGUGGCGACUCGACCGGUUCAAGUUCCUGCCCAUGGUGGAGCGGGCGCAUGAGAUCAACCCGACCGCCGACUGGUUUGUCUUCAUCGAAUCCGACACCUAUGUCGUCUGGGACAACAUGUUCCGUCUGCUCGACCAAUUCAACCCCUCCGUUCCAUUGUAUAUGGGAUCCCCGUCCCCAGGCCGACCACUGGACCACGACGAAAUCUCCUACUUCGCCUACGGCGGAUCCGGCUUCGUGCUUUCCACGGCGGCGGUGAAGAAAUUGGUGGCACGAGAGACUGGAGCACACGGAGAGUAUACACAGCCGCCCCUCAGCGAGCAAUAUGAAGAUCUGGUCAAGGCGGACUGUUGUGGGGAUUCGAUCCUCGGCUGGGCUCUGCACGAGAAGGGUGUCGAGCUCUCGGGAUUCUGGCCCAUGUUCAACCCCCAUCCGUUGCAUGGCAUUCCGUUCGAUGAUGUGCACUGGUGCCAGCCAGUCAUCAGCAUGCACAAGACCCUGAUUUCGGACAUGGCUGGGUUGAUGCACUUUGAAAAUCAACGCGAUCGCAGUGAACCUCUCCUGUAUGCCGACUUGCUCGAGUACCUGAAACUGGGCACCUUCGAUGAACGUCUCGACUGGGAUAACGGGGAUUGGGGUGGCUGGCAGGAGCCUCCCGAGUCCCCCGGCCAUGCCUCCUUCGAUGCGUGUCGGGCUGCGUGCCACGAUCACCCGGAUUGUCUCAGCUUCACGUAUGACUCGACCGGACACUGCGUCUUCGUGCGGACUGUGCGACUGGGGGCGAAAAAGUUGUUGGGGGACGCCAACACCCGGCUGUCCUCGGGAUGGGACCUGGAGAAGAUCCAGCACUGGCGCAAUACCCAUCAGUGCGAGAGGCCACUGUGGGUGAAGCCAAGCACGACACGCAAGUUUUGAAUGGUGGGGAGAGUCUUAUCAGGAAGGCAACGGCGUUGGGACAUUUCUGGGAUGGGGUUUCUCACGGCUUUGACGAA